GCUAAUAUCAACGUCUCAACCAGAGCAUGGGGAAUGCCAGCCUUAAUACGAGAGGACUGUGGGCGUUCAAACAGCACUCCACACAAAAUAUUCAAUCCUCCUCAAGCAGGACGCUUUAAAUGGAUAUGUUUCCAGCGGGUUAUCGCACACGUGGUAUCAAUCGACAAAGCAAGAGGAGUCUUGAUUAUCUUUGGCAAAUACGAGCUCGUGUGCUAGAACGGGUAUAACUACUUGAAUCCCAGUAGACCAUCCCCAGGGGCAUCUGAUUAAUUCCACCGACUCUUCAGUUUGGACAUAUAAUGAUUUUCUAUUGCUUCUAUAUACCCGCAAUAUCGUCACAAUGUUGCUCCGAGGGUAGCUUUGGGAAAUACGAAUUGGAGCUCAAUAGUUAAGAUAGCCCAGAGGCCAGAAAGCAGUCAAGCUGUUGGGUUGAAGGCAUUGUUUGGCCAAGUAGUUCCAGAUGAUAUAGAACGUGGCCAACGCCGUUGAAGUCGUGAAUUUGUAAUGAUAGGGUUAAGUUCGUGUAUAAAAGGUCUGACUUGAUGUCACCAUCCAGGCCGUAAAACCAGCAAGCAAAUCUUCACAUCCAGCCUCACAAACGAUGAUAUCUCUCAGCCAAAUAUAUCAGUUGUAAGCCCUUGACAUGUACUCUUUCUCUGGGUAUACAAGCAGGUUCCUAACACUAUGCAUAUGUAGCGAACCUAGACGAAAUGAAGGUUUCAUCCUCCGUCGCUGCGGCUGCUGCCCUUGUCCUUGCAUCUUCCGCCAACGCCUGGCGUUUGAAUGCUUAUCAGCUCCAGAACUCUCAGGGCCCAAAGUUCACUGCCGGCGGACCAGGCGCUUCUGGCAGCGCCUGCCACUGCGUUGGUGACCUUAACAACAAGAUUUCAUCCAUCGAAUGGUACUCUGAUGACCCAACGCACCACACUCGCUGUUGCUUCGUCCCAUUCAAUGGCCUUGGCUGCACCGGUGACCUUGGUCAGAGCUGGUGCCGCAAUAUUCGUGUUAGCGACCUUGGCCAGAUCGGUAUGGACAACAAGAUCAGCUCCUUCCGUACUGACUGUUAUAAGCCAACCACCAAGCGGAUGGAGGAAUUCCAGUUCUGA